UUUGUGUUCUCGUCAGCAGAUAUUUUUGAACAAAUCUCUUCCUCUUGACAACCUUUUAGAAGUUUCUGGUUCUCAAACAGUGAACAUAAGUCAUAAAGCUGAAUUGGACCAUUACAGCACUGGACUAAAGGAUGGAAAAGGUUCGCCCAGUGCUAGAUUUCUUCCUUAGUCACCAGAAGCUCCUGGGCUAUGGUGCAGUGUCUCUGCUGACUGCAGGUGGUGAGCGUGUCUUUUCUGUGGUGGUGUUCAAAUGCCCAUGCAACUCCUGGAAUAUGCUUUAUGGUGGUGCGUUUCUGCUGAUGCCAGCACUUAUUCUGUUUCUGCUGGGCUUGCUCCUCAGUGCCCGUUCUUGGAAGGUGCUCACUGGAUGUUGUUCCAAAGGCAAACCAUGGAAAUGUCCUCAUGGGGGUCGCCUCCAGCGGUACUUACAAGUGUUGGUGUUUGUAAUACUUGGUGCUUCUGUGGCUCCCUUCACAUGGAUUGCUGUGGCCUUACUGGGAGGAAGCUUUUAUGAAUGUACUGCUACUGGGAGCCCCAUCUUACAGAGAUAUGUGUGCAAAGGCAAAGGGGAAGAAUGCAUCACAAGUCUGUUAAAAGUGCCCUGUCUCAGCACCUCCUCUCCUUCUAAAGAAAUGGAGAUACUCUCAAGCCUCCGAGCUCAAUCACAGGUGUUUGGCUGGAUUUUGAUUUCCAGUGUCUUCACAGUGACCCUCCUUUCCACCUGCAUCAUUCGCUGCCGUUCUCCAGUCAGUGUUCUUCAUCUUGCAUUCUGGAAAAUAUAUCUGGAGAAGGAGCAACAACUUUUUGAGACCAAGGCCAAAGAACACGCAUCUAGGUUGGCAGAGAGGAAUCUUAAAACUUUCUUUGAUUGCACUGAGUUGGAACCAUUUCAAACCCCAAGCACCAAAGCCUGGGAUAACAUUUCCUCCUUGUUUGCCUUUAAUCCUAAAGACAGUUGCUACAGUAUGAUACAUAAAUAUGUCAGCCAAAAAUCUCAGCGUGCUAGCAUUAAGUCUGCUGAAGGAGAUAUAUAUCCCACUUGUUUGCAAUUUGUAGAUGGUGCAAAUGCUGAUGUCCAAAUAUUGUAACAACAACAACAACUGUAACCUGAGAAAAUGUCCCAGACAAGACUCUCCCAAGUUCUCAUGAAGGUGGAAGGGGAAGCCUAUUCACCUGAAAGAUUCUGUUACUAUAACCUUAAAAUAGUACUAGCAUUCAUAACUUCGGUUUCCUAGUCUGGUCCACCUUGGAGGGAUGGCAGGUAUCAAGGCUUGCUAAUAGCUAUACUAUGCAUUAUUUCAUCACUUUACUUUCUUGGAGUGCUCAUGAUUCUUAUUGCCUGGUUUUCAUCUAAUAAGAAGCAAAACUGCUUCUGCCCCCUCAUGAAUUUAGUCUCAUGACUUUUCUUCUCCAAAUACAUUUUUUAUUAAGAAUUUUAAUUAUGAUAGUAAAAACUAAUACAAACUAAACUUAGAGAAAGAUAAGAGAA